AUGGCGGCGGGGAGCGGGGGAGCGGGGGCCUCCGCCCGGGAGCACCGCCUGGAGCCCGGGGACACGCUGCCGGGGCUGGCGCUGCGCUACGGGGUGACGAUGGAGCAGAUCAAGCGCGCCAACCGCCUCUACACCUCGGACACCAUCUUCCUCAAGCCCACUCUCCUCAUCCCUGCGCCAGCGCAGCCGGCGGGACCCUGCCCUGAGGACGAGGACAAGGACGUGCCCGUCCCCUCGGGGGACACCCCGGCCACCCCCGCCCCGUCCCGCCACGAUCUCUCGGCCACCGAUUUCCUGCGGCAGCUCGACGCCGAGAUCGGGCGCUCCAAGGCGGCAGCGGCAGCGCAACGGCUCCGCGCCGGUGGCAGCACAGGCACGGCUGAGGCUGAAGGCACCCGGAGCCCCGAUGCCAGGGGCCCGCCGGCCCCCCGAGGCCCCCGCCUCGGCCCCCGGCCCCUCACCAGGACCCCGCGGGCGGCCGCCCUCCGCGACGCCGAGGACGAGAUCUUCACGCUGUGACACGGGGGACACCGGGGACGUGCCGCUGUGACUCCAACGCCGUAACUCACACCCCGCAGUGACAGGGACCCCGGGACACCCCCAGCACCCAGCCCCGGCUGGGGGGAUACUGGAGGGAACACAGGGAUUUUGGGGGGGGACACAGUGUCCCCUCCCUGUCUCCUUCGAGGGGCCUGUCCUGCUGCAGGGACACCCAGUGCCUGGGUGCAGAGCCAGCCCUCUUGCAGGGCUACUGGGAGCUACUGGGAGGUACUGGGACAAGAUUUACCAGCUGAUGUUUUUUCUCUGGUUGUAUUUAUUUGUACGUCUUUGCUCUCGGGGCGGGUUUGGGGGGGUGGGACCCCCCAGCCCCCCCGUGCCAGUGCCUGGACCCCCACCGGGACAGGGACA